AUGGUAGCUGUCACCGUAUCUGUACCCGGGAAACCUACCGUCAAUCUUGAUUUCGCAAACAAACAUCCUGAUCAAGUCACCAUCAAGGAUGUCAAGAUUGCCAUUCAAGCAAAGUUCCCCAAGUUCGUGCCAAAUAGACAACGACUGCUCUUCCCUUCUGUUACUUCCACCUCGGACAAACCUCUUCCUCUGACCGAUGAAUCGAAGCCUCUAUCAACUUACGGAGUAAAAGAUGGAAGUAAGUUGAAAUUGAAGGAUUUGGGUCCACAAGUCAAUUAUCGAACUUUAUACUUGAUGGAAUAUAUCGGUCCUCUCAUUUUGAACCCGUUAUUAUUGAAAUUCUCUACGUUGGUCUGGGGUCAGUAUGAGUAUUCGGCUCUUCAAACUACCGUUCGAAACCUUCUCAUGAUCCAUUUCUUGAAACGAUUCCUCGAAUCAGCUUUCGUACAUCGAUUCUCAAGAGCCUCUGCGCCUUUGAAAUUCGUAUUUAGGAACUGUCUCCAUUAUUGGGGAGUAUCCGGUAUCCUCAUUGGAUUGACUUUGUAUCGACCUGGAUAUUCUGCGGAAGCUUUGAAAGGUACGAUUUACGAUAAUCCCAAUUGGAUCAAAGGUUGGGCUGUUUUCUUUUUGGUCACUGAAUUACUCAACCUCAAUACCCAUUUACACUUACGAUCACUCAGACAACCUCCCGGUCAACCUAGAAAAUACCCUACUGGAUUAGGUUUCGGCGUUGCCGUCUGUGCCAAUUAUUGGUUCGAAAUCGCUGGUAUUGUCGCUUUGGUUAUUAUGACUGGUGGUGAUAUCGGAACUAUUGUAUACGGCUACCUCGGUACAUCCAUGAUGAAAGUAUGGGCAGAUCAGAAAUACGCUAGAUACAAGAAAGAAUUCGAUCCAAAGGUUUUCCCUGGUAAACGAUACAAACUUUUCCCUCCACUCUAUUAG